AUGGAUGUUGCAGAACUUAAGACUGUUAAGAAAUCUUUAAUUGAAACGAAACCACCAGUUGAAGAAGAUGUUAACAUACAUCUUAACUAUCUAUUGAAUUUAUUUAAUUUGAAAGAUGGAACAGAUAAAGAGAGAGUAAUAUUCAAUGAUACCUUAUCAAUAUGCUUAUUACGAUACAAUACAUUUAACAAUACCCUUGAAGAAGUUGACAAAAUCUUUGAUUAUUGCUUGAAUUAUAUCAAUAGCAAUCAUUCUCCAUUACAGAAUUCUUUGAACGGGAUCAUAGAUAAACUACUACAUUUUAAGAAUGUUGAUAUCCAUUCUUGGAUUGAUAUGAUUAUGCAUCAACCUUUGACUAAGAAUCUAUUCGUACUUCUUGAAAAGUUGCUUAGAAAACUCGACAGUAUUCACUAUUUUGUUGAAAAGUAUCCAGACUACCCUCAGAAAGCAAUGUCCAUGUUUGAUAACAACAUAGGAAACGCUAUUAGUAAAACAUUGGUUGUGAUUUACAAUGAGAUUUAUACACAGCUAAACAAAAACACUAAAGAAUGGUACAAUUCCUGGAUAGGAUUGUUAGAUUUGGAGAAUAUAGCAUUGAGACAUAGUUUAAUUACUCAUUUACUUCCCGGUUUGAUUAGUAUUGAUCCAAAGUCAUUCCAAUUUUUGGUUGAAGAUUGUAAAGAUAAUCUUCAUGCACUUAUUAGUGUUCUUAGUAUGGGUCAAAAAAUGAGAUUUAUUGAGUCAUUAGAAUUAAUAGAUCAAAAAUCGUUGAUUUCAUGUUUAGUACAUUCAGAUGCUAGAAUUCGUAAUGAUGCAUUACAGUUAUUAUUCGGAGGAAAGAAAGAACCAUUUUCAAGCUAUACUUUUAACACGAUUAUCGACAAUCGUAUAAUGGAAAUCAACCUUAAUGAAUCUGAUCAGCAAGAUAAAUUUAUUUCAACCAUUUAUCAGUUCAUUAAUGGAAAAUUGGCAGAGUCUUUAAGAGGGAAGUUGGGUAAAGAAUCCGAAGUUGUUGCGAGGGAGUAUUUACUCAAGUUUAAAGCUCUUUUAUUCAGACAUUUGGAAGCUCAAAAUAAUUUCCAACAAAAAUUGGGAAGUAUUAUGAUACUCAAAUAUCUUCAUGAGAAAAUAGAAAAUGUAUUUGAUGAGCAUUUAAUUGAGUUGUUGAUUGAUAACUUAUUUUCCAACUAUAAAUUAAUCCGUGAGUCAAGUUUGCAAUUUUUAAUUCAAUGUCAAAAGUUUUCUCAAAUGUUUAACAAAGUCCAGGCGUUGGAAGACAAAACAUUUGCCAUUUUACCGAGGUUAUCAGGACGUGAAAGUGAAGGUGCAGCUUUGGCAGUAGCAUUUUUGGCCAAGUAUCACAAAGAAGCUAAUAGUUUGGAUAGAUUUAUGAACAAGUUGUACCGAGGUUUGGGAAAAGAAUCUGGUGAACAUGGUUACCUUCAAGCACUGGCAGUAGUUACUAGCAGACUUGGUAUCUGUGGUGAUUUUGAAACGUUGUUAGUAGCUGCAAAACAGGCAACUAGAAGAAUGACUGACAUAUUAUCAACUGAGAGAAUAGCUUAUGCUAAUGAACUCGAAUUUGUGAAAUCAAAAGAGGUUGUUAAUUAUUCAUGGAAAGUUUUACAGGGUGCCAAUGAUUUAUUUCUUGCGUUGUUGCAAAAACAGCCAAACUUACAGGACGUGGAUGAGUGCUUUCAUCUUGUUGUUGCACAACUUCAUAAUAUCAAGUUUAGAGCUGCAAUCUCAUCACUGUACCCAACAAUGAUUGCUAUAUCAAGAUUACUCCAUUCAUUGGAUAGUACAAGAAUUGAAACGUACGUCAAAAAUGAAAUAACGUAUAUCAGAAGUGAAAUUAAACAAUUGGUUACUCGAAGAUCUGGUGGGUUAUUAUAUGUGAUUCCAUCUAUGUUAAUAGCCGCCAAGGAUAAGAAUUUGGGAGAUUUCGUUUUUGAACAAUUAUUUGAGAUUGCAAACUUGCCGUAUGAGUCUGAAUCCAAAGAAGAUUUACCACAAGUACACGCAUUUAACACUUUAUCUCAAUUAUUUAAAGAAAGCCAAUUAACUGGAGAGAGUUCACCUUUUAUAGAAAGAGCUUUAUUCCUUUCUUUACAAAACUUUGAUGCAUCAAACUGGUCUAUCCGAAACUGUGCCUUGAUGUUAUUUGGCCAUUUGGAAAGAAAAAUAUUCUCAGGAGCAAAGGUCAAUUCCAAUAGAUUUUUUGCUAGAUUUAAAAAGAUUGAACAAGUUUUUGUUGAGUAUUUAGUUAAUGGUCAAGAUCAAACCGUGUUUCCUAUAUUGAUAAUAUUAGAACAAUUAGAGUUCACUUCAAGUGGUAAAAUAGAAUUAAGAGAUGCAGUCAUUAAGUUACUUGGUAAAAAGUCUUGGAAAGUUCGUGAGUUUGCUGCAAAAAUCAUUGCUCACAUGUUGAAACCAAAUGAAUUGCAAGCAUUUAUCACAAGUGCUUUGGAAUCUAAAUUACAAUUGAAUUCUUUACAUGGUGUAUUGAUUUGUUUAAAACAUGGUACCUGUAAGAUCGAUUUCCCUAUAGAAAAGUAUUCACACCUAGCAUUUGGUGACUACGUUAUUGCUAAUGAGUAUAUCAACAUCUUGGAUAGAAUGGGAUGUGAAGUUGAUUCGAGGCUUUCAUCAUACUUUGAGGAAUUGAUCACUAAAAGAGAAACUUUAGACGGCGGAAGACAAUUGUUUCUUGAAUCAUUUGUUGUUUAUCUAUUGAAUAAUGACAAGGCAAAUAAUUUGGACUACAUCAAGUUGGCAUUACAAUCAGAAUAUGAUAAUGUUCACGACAGAGUGUUGGAUUAUAUUUCAACAAACACUAUUGCUUGCCCAUUGUUAAUUAGAAAGUUUAUCAUAUCACAUAAUUUUCACUACACAAAGGUACAUGCUUUGAAAUUGUACUCUACUAUGGAUGACAUUACUCCCCUUCCACCAAUGCAAGAAAAUCAACCAGGAUUAUUUGAAUGUUCUGCACGUUUUGUUGAUGAUGAUAACAAACAGUUUUUUGAUCAAUGUGUGAAGUACACAGCUAGUUUCGAAGAGAUUGAUACUAGGAUAAUGGGAUUCAACGCUAUUUUUUCGUAUUUAAAGCGAUGCACCAAUAAAAAAGGAUUCCUUUACUCAGCUUGUUUGUCACUUUGUUUCGAAAGAGGCCUCUUUGAUGAUGAUGAGGACAUUAGACAACUGGCCAAUCAAUGCAUUUCAGAAAUUAUCAACUGUGGAAAUGUCGCUACCACGCAUUUGACUUAUAUUUUCCCUCCGUUGGCCAAAUCUUUAUUGAGUGGUGAGCAUUAUGAUGAUUUAGUUAGUGCCAUAAUUCAAAGAAAUACCCUUGAUCAUUCUAGAUUGGAGCAUGAUUUGGAAGAAGCACAAGAGGGUAGUCUUUACUCUUUCGAAAGAGAUAAUUUUUACAAGAAUGAAGUUGAUUUCAGUAUGAUUUUGGGUCAAUUCCCAAUUAACAACAAUAAACUUGAUAUAGUAAAAAACAAAGUGUUAGAUGAUAUUGAGUUCAUUAAAAAAUUUAGACAACAACAUGCUGAUGAAAUAGAGUACAUUCCUCGUGAUUAUAUACUUUAUGAUUUUGUUCAGAAGACUAGAAUUAAUGCCGAAACAGUUGGUAUCACAAACCUAGAUGAAAAAUUGUUUGCCCUAACUUUUUGCAAAUUGGGAUGA